AUGCUCAGUGAUAAUCCUCGUGAACAUCGACCUGCACGCUUCAAAACGGCACCUUUCGUAAAGCGAAAAUUUCUGAACCCUUUUCACUGGCGGACUUCGCUGCUGCCGGUGAGUACGCCGCCUGGUACCGUCAGGACACGCGCUCAUAGAUCCAGGACUUUUGUUCCUUUGUCCACGUUCAUUCAUGCUCGCCCCUUCUAUGCUCGUUGUACAGCUCGACACGCCACCCCACCGGCACACGCAUCGGCCCUUCGAGCGCUCUUUCUGACCGCCGACGCAAAAUCCGUCACUGAGAACGACUUUACGUCAACAGUGAAAGGCGCCGCCGCGACACAACUGUACUGGGGCUACGGAGCAUCGCCACCCCAGGAUGCGUCAGCCGGAAGUGCCCAGGAGCAGGCCGCAUAA